AAGUGUAUUUUAUUUUAGCCAAACGAUGAAUCGGAACAGCUUUUCGGCAUCGCAUGUAUCGAGUUUCUGUCGCAUUUGUACAACAAACAACGAUGUAGAUUGGUCCAUUUACGAAACAUUCAAUGAAGAUGGAGGCACGACGAACCUGCAUAUGAUGCUGGUUAAGCUCUACCCAACAGUGUUCAAUGAGUCGCAGGUACUCUGUGAUGAAGCCUUGAAAUGGCCCAUGAAAAUAUGCAAGGAAUGUAAGGCUAAAGUGAUAGAAUCGUACAGGUUCUACGAUCGUUGUACAAAGAGCGCACGUAGCUUGAGAACGAUAGCUUUGAAUGAACAAUCUACCACUGACACCCUACAAGACGAGAAGGAUGACCUUCCUGCAGUGAUCAAAACGGAGUUCAUAGAAUUUGAGGAACCCACGUUGCAGAAAGUCGAAUAUGACUCGGACGACCACAGUUCAGCCUACAAUAGAUACAGCGGAAAUUCACCAACAGAGGAUGUUUUCGGCGACAGUACAUACAGUUUGGCUACACCUACUGAUACGCAAAACAAUUCUUUAUCUGCUAAUAAAAUGCAGCAAAAACAAUGCAUCAAAAGUGGCGCUAACUUCGUAGGUGGUAGGAAGAAAAAAACUGUUCCAGACUCGGAUCGAGCGAAAAUCAUAUUUGCAUUCGAGAAAGGUGUGCCUACGAUUGAGAUAUCCAAAACAAUGCAAAUUAACAGAACUACUGUAAGCGCAGUCAUAAGUAAAUAUCGUAGGACCGGUGUCAUUCAGUCACAAAACCGGGGAAGAUGUCAGCCGAAAAAGUUGAAGGAAAUUCACAUUUCCCGCAUUCGAGCUUUGCGCAAGGAGAAUAGUAGAUUGCCACUCAAAACAAUACAGCAAAAGUUAAUAGAAGAAUUCGGCAUUUUAGUAUCUUCAGCGACCAUUUCGAGGGGGUUGGAGAAGGUAGUAAAAAAAGUAACACCUGCUGCUGAUGUUUUCUCUUCAGAAGAAUUCCUCAAAAAAUUUAAUUCAUAGAAGAUGAACUCUUGUCAAACCAGGGGUUCUUGCACAAUGAUCUUUAAUUGCUGAUGUUAAUAGAUGUAAUAAUUGUUCAGUUAUCGAUUACAACUUCAACAAUCUAGUAGUCUAUAGUUAUCUAGUUGACAGUGAUGAAGAUGCAGGAAGGAUUAUUCUUAGUCUGUCUGUAGUUAGUCUUGUCUGUGGUCUGUUCUGUACGUGGAAUAAAAAAGGAGUAAGAGAAUAAGCAAACAAUAUAAUCAACAAUAAUUUUUGUUGCAUCAUUUUUUGGAUUGUAGAAAUAUGUUGAAAAAAAUUUGGAGACAGGUUCGUAUUAGAACUUUAAUUUAGAAUUAGAAAUUCAAAUUUCUCUACAGACAUUUUCGGCUAUCAUACGAUAACGACGCGAUCUGUCAGCUUUUUCGACACGACCUGUCGACGUACGAUAAGAAAAUGACAUAUGUUAUAACACGAGGUCCAGACUACAGCGCGACGUCCCGUCACGAAACGCGAUCUCCUACUUGUUGAAGUGCAGUUUGUUUACGUUUCGGCGCCCGAAAAAACUUUGGUAAAAGUAUCAAUUAAAACUGAGUUUCGUAAUUGAAUUACAUUUGUGAAGGCUAGAAAUAAGUAGUAAAACGGAAAGUCCGAUG